ACAUGCUGCAGCUCCAAUGGGUGGUGUCCAAAUCUGAAGGUCCGUCUUUCCUUGAGUAGGAAAGCAAAGAAGAUGGCUCCAAAGGUAGAUGUCCUACUUACAGAAGGAGAUUUCGGGACAAUAUCAUGCCCUGCUCGUGCGCAGAAGAUUGAUUUUCCAGCCAUGCAAUAUUUUGAGGAUUCCACUGAGGCACCGGCGAAGCCCCAUGGAGGGGCUAGCUCCUCCUCAGGAACAUCCGAUCCUGCUAAACCAACUGCACCUAUGGAUCUCUCUGGGCGUCUGAAAUAUAGGUUGCCUUAUACAAAGGAUCUCUUGACGGCUCUGCAAGAUGACAAGAUCAGCAUGAUUGGCAUUUCUGGGACAAUCAGAGAGAUAGAUACAGUAACAACUAAAGAGUUCAUGAAAAGAAUGAAACAAAAAAAGUUCUUUGAAGAGGUUGCGAUGGCAGUUGUCUCCCAGGGUCCAGACUUGAAACGAAUACAAGGUGAAAUUGCAGAAAUGCUAGACCUGAAAUUGGAGAAUGAGAGUUUGGUUGAACGGGCAGAGAGGCUACGUGCUGUUUUACAGGCAUCUGAUUCUAAGAGGAUUCUUGUAAUACUGACUGAUGUCUGUGGAAUACCGGAUUUGGAUGCAAUUGGAAUUUCUCGUGUUGAUAUCAAGAAAAGCUGCAAGAUCAUUUUGAUUUCACAACUAUCAGAUGUGUUUGGUGAAAACCGUGAAAUGGGUACUCAGAGCAAUUUCAAAUUGUUAUUACAAUCCACUCCCAGAGCAAGACCUGUUGAGUUUAGAUCAAGAAUCUCAGUCAUCAGAGAUGUAAUGGAUGCUCUGACAGAUGAUGAAUCCAACCCCAUUGUAAUAUGUGGGAUGGGGGGAGUUGGCAAAACAACCUUGGUGAUGGAAAUUGGUGCAAAAGCGAGUGAAGUAGAUCUAUUUGAUGAUGUUGCAAUUGCAGAGUUUACUCAAGAACCUGACUUGAUCAAAAUCCAAGAAAAAAUUGCUCAAGCUCUAGGUCUGAAACUUGAAAAAGGUGAUGACCGAGCAGCCAAGUUACGAGAAAGAUUAUCAAUGGAGACGAAAAAGGUCCUUGUAAUAUUGGACAAUGUUUGGGGACAACUAGAUCUGUGGGAACUAGGAAUUCCAAUUUCCCGGGAUCCAAAAAGUUGCAAACUUCUGGUAUCAUCACGGAAUCAAGAUAUCUUUAAAGAGAUGAAAACCAAAAAGAAUUUCCUCAUUGGUAGUUUGCUAAAACAUGAUGCCUGGAGUUUGUUUAAGAAGGUAGCAGGAUGUUCCAUUGAAUCCGAUUCCGAGCUGCGUUCUAUAGCAGAGCAGGUUCUGGAUGAAUGUGAUGGCUUACCGGUUGCAAUUUCUACUGUUGGAAGGGCACUACAAGAUGAAAAAAUUCCAGUAUGGAGAAAUGCACUUAGACAACUAAGAAUGGCUUGCCCAAAAGAUGUUCCAGGAGUUAUAGAGCGUGUGUACGGAAAAAUAGAGUUCAGUUAUGAAUGUCUACCAAGCGAGGAAGCCAAAUCAUGUUUUUUGCUGUGUUGCAUAUUUCCAGAAAGUGAAGAGUUUCCAAUUGAAUGGUUGGUUAUGUUUGCGAUUGGGCUUGGACUUUUUAAAGACAUUGAUUCAAUAUCUGGAGCAAGGGAUUACGUAAUAACAGUGGUUGAAACACUCAAAUGUCGUUCUUUGUUGUUAGACGGCGAUGAGAAAGAUUGGUUUAGAAUGCAUGAUGUGGUGCGUGACGUAGCCGUGUAUAUAGCCUCCAAAGAGUUAGCACAAAAGAAGAGUGAUAAGCUUGAAAGGAGAUUUAUGUUAAGAAAAGAAAAGGAAUUGAAGCAUUGGCUCGAGAGUAGUUCACUGAGAGCCGAUAUGAGUACUACUGAGCUUUUAGUGUUGGGACCCACAGAUAGAAUUGAACUGGAGCUGCCAGCCACAAUUUUCGAUGGAAUGGAAAAUCUCAAGGUUUUACUGAUCGGGCGUUCAAUCCUCCCAUCCCUUUCACUUCCGAAGAAUCUUCAAACACUCAUUCUAUUGGAUUGCCAUCUCAAUAUUGAUGUCAUUGGAGAGCUACGGUCACUCAUGAUACUCUAUUUGCAUGACGUCAAACAGUUGCCUGAUACAUUCAAAAAUUUAUCUAAUCUGAGGUUGUUAAAGUUGACAGGAUGUACAGAGCUUAAAGUAAUAUCACCAGGUGUUAUAUCGAGUUUAUCUCGUCUAGAAGAAUUGUACAUGGGGAAUAGCUUUAACGAUUGGGUGGUUGAGAAACUGGGCUCAACAGAAACAAUCAAUUGGAUCUCUCAAUUGGAGGUUGAUGCCCAACCAGAAGAAGUCAACAUGUGGAAGAAAUUCAACAGGUUGGCGGUUGAGAAACUAGCCUCAACAGAAACAACAACUGAUCAGGUCUCUCAACCGGAGGAGGAUAAGGAAAGAAGUGAACCAGAGGAACUCAACAACCUUGGAGAUCUGUUCGCAAAGUAUGUUCGAGGUUUACGGGGAAACUACGACCAUCUCACAAGUUGGGCCAACUCUAUGGACUGGAGAGUUGGAUUACUUUCAGAGCUACUUUCCUUGUCCCGUUUGACUACUUUAGAAGUGGUUUUACCACCAAUUGACAUUCUGCGAACCAGUAAGCUAUUUCAUAAGCUUGAAAGAUUUAAGAUCUCUAUUGGAUGGGAUGAGCAUGAAGACUUGGAGGACUUAAAGGGUAACUACUUGAGAGUUCAUGAUCUUGAAACAAGCUCUCUUGCGGAUACUGGAAUCGGUUUGUUGUUAAAGAAAACUAACCAGCUCGAGUUAAAAAUGAAGAAUUUGACUGACCCUCACAAUGUCUUAGAUGUAAACUGCUGUGCAAACUUGGAGUCACUUACCCUCAAAGACUCUGAUUCUGUGGAAUAUCUGAUUGACAUGACUCUUAAGCAAGAUACUCCACGAAGCGUCUUUCCCGUCUUUCAUGGUGACCUGGCACUGGGGUUGCUUCAGAAACUAGAAAGCCUAACUUUACAGGAUUGCCAGUCAUUGGAGGCAAUUUUUGCCUUGGAAGGAUCGGGACAUCAUGUCAAAGAGAUCAACUUCCUUAGUUUGAGGCGGUUGAAACUUGAAGGUCUACCAAGCUUCACUGGAAUGAGCAGAAGUACUUGUAAGGGGAUGGAAAGGCAACUGGAAGGCAGCAGUCUCUAUCCCAAUAGUUUGGCCGUUGAACAUUCACUUUUGUCUGACCCCAAGGUUGUCUUUCCCGUCUUGGAAUACCUGACAAUUAGCCGUCUGGGCAACUGGAAAGAGAUAUGGAAUAGCCGACUUUCACCCAACUCCUUCUCUGAAUUAAGAAGGCUCACUGUCGAGGAUUGUGACAAACUAUUGCAUUUGGUACCAACACAAAUGCGAAAUAGAUUGCAGAGAUUGGAGACCAUAUGGGUAUUCAACUGUUCUUCACUGGAAGAGAUUUUUGAAGUCGGAAGAUUGACCGUCAAUGAAGGGAAUGCUUCAAUUUCUCAGUCAGACAAAAUAGAUUCAAAUAUUUCCCAAUCUGAUCAAGGGAUGCAAAUAAAUGAUAUCAUGGAUUUCAAACAAUCUUGUCAGGGCUUUCAGAAUUUAACUGAACUACAUGUUAGAUCUUGUGGCAGUUUGAGAUACCUGCUCGCUCCUUCGAUUGCCAGAGGUCUUGUCAAGCUCGAACGUCUAGUUAUAAUAUCUUGCGAGAAGAUCGAAGCAAUAGUCGCAGCAGAUGAGGGUGAAGAAACAGAGGAUGAAAGCAUGCUCCCUCAGCUAUCUUCUUUGAUUCUUUUGGAUCUACCCAAUCUUGGAAACUUUUCGCAAGGCAAAUAUACUUUUAAUUGGCCACUAGUGAGAGAGAUCGGUAUUAGCAAUUGCAACAAAAUGAACAACUUCUGUUCAGGAUCCCUCAGCAUAGCACGGGCAGUGUGGAUAUAUGUCUCUGAUUCUGGUGAGAAUCUCAAGCAGGAGCUGAAUGAUAGCAAGAAAGAAAGCUGAUCAGAUCUGGACGCAGUGCAUUUCUGCUCGUGGAGAAGUUAAUCUAGGAGUGGCUUGGUACAAGUCGGUUGGGAUGUUCUUUAUGUCUGCCGCAUUUUCCGCUCGAGCUCACUUCAGCCUGGGGAGCGGUGGCGACAGACACUUGUUUAAUCUAGUUGAGUGAUGAGUAGAAAAGAUAAGAAAAAAACGACUGUUCUUGUAGUUUGAAUCCUUGUGUGUAUUUGGAAACAACAAGAAGUAGUUGUGUUGUAAUCUUUUCCUGCUUCUUUUGUUUUAGUGAUUUGGAUAUUCAUUGUGGUGGACAUAGCCAAA